AUGUGUUCUAGCGGGCAGCGUCUGUGCUCGGGCAGCAGGCCUUCACGUCCUAGAUCCUCUAGCAGUCACGGAAACAGCUCAAGCUCACAGUAUGCAUUGUGUGCCCUGGGGGUGGGCUUGGUGGCCCUUGGUGUUGUCAUGAUCGUGUGGACAGUGGUACCACUGGAAGGGCGUCGGAACAACACGGGCACGCAACAGGGUGGUAUUACCAGUAAUGAAAUGAAGCAGAAGACCUCCUCUGUGGCAUUUGUGUUGGUAGGGGCUGGGCUGGCCAUGCUGCUGCUGGCUGUGUGCCUGGGCUUGAGAGACAAGCACAGAAGGAGGACAAGUGGAAUGACUACAACUGCGGGUGUUCAGUACACAGACAAUGUACAAGGAGAACCAGUAGAAAUUGAUACACCGGCCCCUACCUAUGAUGUGCCCAGCUACGAUGAAGCUGUAACUAGCGGACGCUACCCAAUCAGUCAGAGCAACCUGAGACGAAACUCCUCACAGCUCCCAUCCUACGAGGAUUUGAUUGCUGCAGUAGAGAAUGAGGGAAAUGGACCAGGUGCUGGCAGAGGCCAAAAUACAUCUAGGGAUCAAAACACCCCCCUGGCAGCCAGCACAAACCCCCAGCCAGCCCGCAGCAGCAGUCGAGCCAGCCGCAUCCUCAGACCACUUCGCGUUCGCAGGAUUAAGUCUGAGAAACUCCAUGUUAAAGACAUCAGGCUGAACAUCCAGAGCCCCUCACAGGAGGGACGAGUGACCAUAGAGCCCCUGACACCCCCACCACAGUAUGAGGACAAAGUGCCUGAGUUUCCUGUAGAGCCAGUUUGAUUUAAAAUGAUCAGUACAAACACUGCCCUGGAUAUGUCUCUCUUUUUGUGCUGUGUGACACUGAG